CACGACUGAACGUAGUACACGACCCCGGCUAUCUGUGCGUCCCUGCGAUUCUGGUCUCGACGCUAUACAUGUCCUGCCGCAUGCGACUUGUGAUGGCUCAAAUGCACAGUCAUGGGGAAUGUCACUAGUCGAGGCUGCCCAUCAUUGCUCUCUCGAAUGAGUGACAUAGUAUAGUUGGAUCUAUCGACUUUGACUUGCGACUGCACUUUAAGACUCCCUCAUGAUGGCUUCUCAUUGGUCAUUGCGCGCCUGUCGAAGGUUCAAGAUGCGACAGUCGCAUUCAUACUGCCGCCGGCCGCUCCUGAACCUCUGACUACAUAUUACCCGCGUCUUGCUUGCCCGCGUCCCGAGCCGAAAACGAAGAUGGCGAUCGCACUCGCUCUAUCUUUUCCUCCAGACCUACUCGAUGCCUCUGGGACUGGCGAAAGUGUCUGGGAAUGCACUAUCCCCAACGCGGCUUGCCCUAGUGAAUCCUGCUCCGACCUUGCCUUGUUGAUCACGGCUGUGCGUAUCACGCACUUCCUGUCCACCGGGAUUGAGGACGCGGUCAUCGGCGUCGCUCGGGACAAUGCGUCUAUCCAGGCCAUAACGCUUCGUGUUUGGAACGGCACGCCCGCAGUGCAGAUCGUGAAAGCUGCCGAUCAAGCGUUAACAAAUGACCGUCCUACCGCGGAAAUGGCAAAACCAGAUACCGUAGUGCUCGCAAUGGACCGUGGGGGAUCCAAGGGAUGCAGUCAACAGAUGCAUCCUUUAGUCAUCUUCUGUAGCGAAGGAAGUCUGCUGUUCGCUGGUGAUCCACGUCUAUACUCUCCGCAAAACGUGCGCUGCAUUGGCGGGAACGUACAGGAUGUUGUCGAAAUCAUAUGCGGCGCCCCAAACACGAUGGUGUCUGAUAUCAGCUUUCCUGGCGCCAUUUCCCGACUCUCUGUUGCUGGGGUGCGUCUCGAUGUGCCACGGCCACCGACCUAUGAGGCGCAGUCGCUACGAGAGGUCUUCAUUGCGACAGCGACGGCCUUCCCGCACAACAUCGCGUUGACCGAUGACGAUGUCGAGUUUACUUACACGCAGCUCGACGCGCUGACCGAUAUGCUCGCCGACGAGAUAGCUCUGGCGCUCGUGGACCUCCCAAACACGGACUACAUCUCGACCUGCAUCCCGUCAUCGCCGCUCGCCAUCAUUGUCAUCUAUGCGAUUAUCAAGUAUGGAGCUGCGUAUGUCCCGCUCGACGUGCGCCUGCCGGAAGCCAGACUUCGCACCAUCAUUGUAAACUCUGGUGCCAACCUCCUCAUCACGGGCGCAGAAUCCCCCUCUGUAUCCGACCUCCCCAUUGCGAAAUUGGACGUCACAGACUUCCUGCGCCAGCACGUACCACGCGUAGAAGCGUGGAAGGGCAGCUCGCGAGCUGUCUGGCGCAGUCAGCCGAGCGAGAUCGCAUACGUGCUUCACACGAGCGGGACCACCGGCGUGCCCAAGGGUGUCUGCAUCAAGACAUCCGCAGUGCUUGCGCUACUCUACGAGCGCGGUGUUUGCCUGAUUACCCCAGAUAUGCGCAUCGGCCAGAUCGGCAACAUCGCUUGGGACGGCAGCAUCCUCGAUGUCUGUUGCACGCUCACCGUGGGCGCGACGCUCGUCUCCUUCUCUUCGUACGAUGUCCUGGACCCCAUCCGCCUCGCAGAUCUGCUUCGCGCCCGGCGCGUCACCGCCUUGUCCAUCGCGGUCGCCCUCUUCCGCCAGUUCCUCUCGGUCGCGCCACAUAUGUUCACACCCAUGCGAUUCGUCAUCGUCGGCGGCGAGGCGUUGGAUUUCUCGCAGUGCCAACGCUUCAAGGAGAUCAACCCUACGGGCGAACUGGUCAACGGGUACGGCCCAACCGAGGCAUGCUACACUGCCGUCGCCCACCGCGUCGAUCGUAUGCUUGAGUAUGGCCUCGUGCCCAUCGGACGGCCCUUGAGCUAUACCAAUUGUGUGGUCCUUGACGGCAAUGGUCGCCUGGUGCCCCCAGGUAUCCCGGGCGAACUGUUUAUCGGCGGGCGCGGGGUCGCGGCAGGGUAUCUCAAUCGCCCGGAGGAGACCUCGGCCGCUUUCGUGCGCAUGGUCAUCCCAGGUCUUGAUCAGCCGCCUGCGACAUUCUAUCGCACGGGUGACCUAGUUCGCUGGCUUCCGAGCGGCGACAUGCAGUUCGAGCGUCGGUCUCAGAGUGGCCAGAUCAAGAUCCGCGGUCAACGCCUCGAGCUCGCGGAAGUGGAAUCCGCCAUUGUGGGCACUCGGCUCGUCAAGAAUGCCGCAGUGGUAUACGUGAAGCCCACGGAUGGCCGAUCACCCUACUUGGCCGCAUUCAUCGUUCCGGUAGAGCCUGAUUGUGUCGAGACACCCCAUUCCUUCACGCGACGCUUCAAGGAGACUGUCCCUGUGUAUAUGGUCCCUCAGGCGGUAUACCUCGAGGCGUCGCUGCCGCUCAACAACAAUUGGAAGCUGGACAGGCGUAGGCUAGACGCAAUGGCGCUCGAGCGCGACGUGAUCACCCCCAACGGCGACGUGCAUUACUCCGCGGCAGGGGAACCGAGCGCGCGAAACGACGCAGAGGGGGAAAUUGCGUCCAUCAUGAGCGACAUCCUGAGCGGGAAGGCUGUCGGCCCCGAGGAUGACUUCUUUGACGUCGGCGGUCACUCCCUUCUGGCGAUGCAGCUCAAAUGGCGUCUCGAUAAAUCAUUCGGAGCUCUCGUCACUAUGCAGGAUAUUUUUCAGGGCGCCUCCGCGCGUCGGCUUGCUACCCUCGUCCGCCAAGGAUCGCCAAACGACGGAUUUUUGGUCUCUAACGGGGACACGUUUUGUUCGCUACCCCACGCAGAACGUCAACGCUACGUUGCGUCUUCGGGCACUCGGUGGCAGUACUCUGCCAGUCGUGCCCCGGCUCCAGGGGAGGUCGUCAGCCAUUGUGCGUUCUGGUCUCGCCUCAUUGGAGAGCUUAGCGAGGAUUUGCUGGAGCAAGCGCUGCAGGCGAUGGCUCGUCGGCAGGAUAUCCUACGCACAGUGUUCGAGGAGGUGGACGGCGACGUGUGUGCGCGCGUCACGGACUGCAUGCCCACACUGGAGAUAGUGGAUUCACCGCCGAUGAAGAACGAUCAGGACCUUGAGGACUACCUUCGCCUUCAUGCGAGUCGACCCUUUGAUAUCGCUGCGAAGGCUCCAUUUCGACCUGUCCUCUUCCGCCUGAGCCCACAGGCCUUCAUUCUCCUCUUGUCCUUCGACCACAUCAUUACCGACGGCUAUUCGGAGGACAUCAUCGUCAGGGAACUAUGCGAGUACUAUGGCGCACUCUGCGAGGGUCGCGCCGCCGACCUGCCCGACCUGCCUGUCACAUGCGCCGACAUCGCCCACUGGGAGCGCAGCGACUCUUUUGCGACCCUCAUCGCGCCGCAGCUCGACUACUGGGCCGCCCAUCUCCAGAACGCCACGGCCGCCUCAUUCACGCCUGACUUGCCCGGCGCGGACACCUCGACCUACCUGACCGCCGGCGACUUCGUAUCUAUCUCGCUCUCCGAGUCUCUCGUCGCCCGGCUCGACGCCGCGUGCGCCCUAUCGCGCGUCACGCUCUCGAUGGCGCUCCUCGCCGCGCUCCGCGUCGUGCACUUCCGCCGCACAGGCGCGCGCGAUGCCGUGCUGGGCGGCGCGACCGCGAACAGGCAGCGCCCCGAGGUCGCGCACCUCCAGGGCUUCUUCGUCACCGCGCUCCUCUACCGCAUCCGCGUCGAGGCCGGCCAGCGCUUCCGCGACGUCCUCGAGCAGGUGCGCACGCUUGUGGCGGAGGGAGUCUCCAACAUGGACGCGCAUAUGGCCACCAUCGCGGAGGCGCUCUGGGAGCGUGGUGCUUUACCGGCAGGUAGUUUGCCGCUUCGGGUCGCUUUGGGAUAUGUGGUGCACGAGCAGGCGUCGGUCCAGGUCGGCGGCCUGCGCAUGGAGCGGAUGGAGGUCAACAUGCACGCGGUGCAGCUGGACAUGGAGAUUUACUUCGGGCGAGUCGCAGGCACGGAUAAGAUGACAGGGGAGAUCAACUAUCGGCGGAACCUGUACAGUAAGGACUAUAUACAAGGCCUUGCUCGUGAGCUGGAGGGCGUACUGGAAAGAUUUGCGGAGGCUUCUGACUUUGCUGUCCAGUAGAUAGCUUGUUUCUGUAAACUUACGACGUGAACAUCCAAAGAGAUAUAACUUAGCAGUGAC